CCAGUGAGGCAGCGCCAUAGUCACCGUAGUCCUGGCGACUGUAACCCACCAACAACAACCUCUCGCUCCAUCAUUACCACCUCCUCCACCAUCCUCAUCUUCAUCAACCAGUCCACAGCUCAGGCGCCAUGCAGACCCCUGAAGCAGGCGCUGACUCCACCUCCACCGUCCCUCUUCAGACCACCGUGCCUGUCCAGCCUACAGGCUCCACACAGCAGGUGCCUGUCCAGCAACAGGCCCAGACUGUUCAACAGGUUCAGCAUGUUUACCCAGCACAGGUGCAGUAUGUGGAGGAAAACAGUGGCGUCUACACCAAUGGCAACAUAAGAACCUACUCGUACUCGGAGCCGCAGCUGUACAGCCAGAACAGUGGAGGAAGCUACUUCGACACACAGGGAAGCUCAUCACAAGUGUCCACUGUGGUGACAUCUCAUGGCAUGACCAACAAUGGAGGAGGGGGCAAUGGAGGGAUGAGCAUGAACCUGGCGGGGGGUCAGGUAAUCAGCACCAGUCCUGGCUCUUACAUCAUGGACAACGCUGGACCCCACCCUGCCACCCAGACAGCAAGAGCUUCACCCGCCACUAUUGAAAUGGCGAUUGAGACACUCCAAAAAUCUGAGGGUUUAUCCAGUCAGAGAAGCUCGCUGCUCAACAGCCAUCUCCAGUGGCUGUUGGACAAUUACGAGACAGCAGAGGGCGUAAGUCUACCACGCUCCACCCUCUACAAUCACUAUCUGCGCCACUGCCAGGAGCAGAAACUGGACCCUGUCAAUGCAGCCUCUUUUGGCAAACUCAUUCGCUCCAUCUUCAUGGGACUCCGUACAAGGCGCCUUGGGACAAGAGGGAACUCUAAAUAUCAUUACUAUGGUAUACGUGUGAAACCGGACUCGCCACUCAAUAGACUUCAAGAAGACAUGCAGUAUAUGGCCCUCAGACAGCAGCCAGUCCAGCAGAAACAGAGGUUCAAGCCGGUGCAGAAGUUUGAUGGCUGCUCCGGGGAGAAUUACACAGCUGGAGGCCAGCCCCAGCCUGGUGCAGAGGAGCAAACAGUCAUCGCACAGAGUCAACACCACCAGCAGUUCUUAGAUGCAUCGCGGGCGCUCCCUGACUUUGUAGAGCUGGACGUUGGACAGAGCAAUACCGAGAACAUCAGCCCAGAGGAUGUGAAAGCUCUCCAGUCCCUUUACAGAGAGCACUGUGAGGCUAUCCUGGAUGUGGUCGUCAACCUGCAGUUCAGUCUAAUUGAGAAGCUGUGGCAGACAUUUUGGCGUUAUUCUCCCCCUGACUCUGUAGAGGGGGAAACUAUAACAGAAAACAGCAGCUUAAGUGAGAUUGAAGCUCGGCUGCCCCACUCUCAGCUAUUGGAACUGUGCAGAAACGAGGCUGUACUCAAAUGGAUGAGCACCUGUGACCAUCUGAUGUACCAGGCCCUUGUGGAGAUCCUCAUUCCUGAUGUCCUGAGACCUAUUCCCAGUGCCUUGACUCAAGCCAUUCGCAACUUUGCCAAAAGCCUGGAAGGUUGGCUCAAUAAUGCCAUGAAUGCCAUUCCACAGAGAAUGAUCCAGACCAAGAUUGCCGCUGUUAGUGCCUUUGCGCAAACACUGCGCAGAUACACAUCUCUGAACCACCUGGCUCAGGCGGCACGUGCUGUUUUGCAAAACACAUCCCAGAUCAACCAGAUGCUGAGUGAUCUCAACCGUGUUGACUUUGCAAACGUACAGGAGCAGGCAUCGUGGGUGUGCCAGUGUGAGGAGGGGGUUGUUCAGCACUUGGAGCAGGACUUCAAGGCCACCCUGCAGCAGCAGAGCUCUCUGGAGCAGUGGGCGGCCUGGCUGGAGAAUGUGGUCACUCAGGUGCUCAAGCCUUACGAGCACCGGAGCAGCUUCCCCAGGGCGGCUCGCCAGUUCCUGCUCAAGUGGUCCUUCUACAGUUCUAUGGUGAUCAGGGACCUGACCCUGCGCAGUGCUGCCAGCUUCGGUUCCUUCCACCUGAUUCGCCUGCUGUACGACGAGUACAUGUUUUACCUGGUGGAGCAUCGCGUGGCACAAGCUACUGGAGAGACAUUCAUGGGUGUCAUGGGAGAGUUUGACAGCCUCAACUCCUUGUCCCUGGCUAACAUUGAUAAAGGGGAUGUUUUCUCCUGUCCAGAUGAGAUGAGUGGGAUGGACAGCGACUUAGACGACGACCCGGAGGAGAGCGGGGAACCUCUGGCCAAGCGAGAGAAGUCUGAGCACGAGGUGAUCCAGGUGAUCCAGGUGGGGGCGCUGGAGGACGGGUCCCACCCUGUAGUGGGGGUGGUCCAGCCGGGCGUCCUCCACUCGCUGCCCCAGCCCCCGCAGGACCACAGCGAGCACAUCCUCACCCCCUCUGCCGCUACGCCCACCAUCCGCCACUGCAGCGCCACGGGCAACACCUACGCCUCCGUCUGAGGGUCUAAGGGCACGGCCAUCUUUGUCUGGCCUUGUUUUUGCUAUCUCACACUCCACAUAUCUCCCCCCUCUGUAAGUCUAGAUGUUUCCGUCUCUCUCAUGCAUUGUCUCUGUCUGCCCUUGUGUGGACACGCUCUCCUCGCCCUAUCAGUGGGGGGGGAGUGCUGAAAUGAGGAAGAUGUGCUGUCCUGUGGAUGUGGUGUCAUCCCAUAAGUCUGUGCUCUAUCGCAAUGCGGCAGCUGGCGGAGGACUAAUUCGACCCGUUAAAUGUCUCCUCUCUAGAUAUGACUUAAUGCCUCUUAAGGUUUUGUCUUGAAGGGAAAUCCAACUCUUUCUUACUACUGAUGUCUCAGAGCUCAAAUCCAUGUCACUAGUCCCAGUGGAGCAGAGUCCUCCAUUGACUCAAGACCUUCACCUGCUGUAAAUAGUUCUGCUGUACUUUCAAUUGGUAUUACCCAAAACUCAUGGUGCUAUCAUUGUUUUAUUUUUAUUUCCAUGAAUCCCUCCUUAUUCAGAUUUAUGUCCACAUGCAUUCCAACUGCUGCAAAACCGUUUGGCUGAACAAAAUAUUUUUAGUAUUGUAUGUAGCUAAAAACCAAUGGAGGACUUUUUUUUUUGUAUGUAUGGCGUUCGGGUAAAAAAGGAUCAUGAGACAGUUCUGUCUGUUCUGUUGGAAAAUGAUAUGGUAGCCACCCACCCACUGAUAGAUUUGAGUUACGGAAACCCUGAAUGGAAUACCUGUGCUGCUUCUUGUGUGUAUAUAGAAAUGAGAUUGAGGAGACCAGCUGUAAAAAAAAAACACUUUCUCAACGCUAGCUUUUCUAUGCACCCCGUGCAGAACGCUUGCCUUUCUUCAUUUUAGAUGCUCUGCAGUGUGGUUUACAUAACCAGCAGUAAUCUUAAAAAACAACCCGACUGGACAUGCUCCCCUGUUAUUUUACAGUUUGUCUUAAUGAAGUUUCUUAAAUUCACAAAGGACCAAAAAACAAACCAACACGAGGGAGCUGAGAGUGAGCCACUUGGGGCCACCUGAGAGCUGUUUCCUGUCCCACAGUGCCAUGUUGCAGAGCAGAAGGAAUGUCAGGGAUUAAAUGUACCUCGGCUUUAUCAUAGUGCCUUAUCCUUAAAUGCAGCUGUCCUUGUAGUCCUGACUGUGUGCUGCAGAGAGCCCACAGCCCCCCCUCUGCAUUGUCCCGGCCACACAUUUUGGCUUUCUGGUGACUCGUGGCUGGAUUUGGGCCGGCUCGUCAGUGCUGAGACUGAGGGAUGCAGACUCACCUGUCGUCGUUUCCUCUGGAUCAGCUCCACAAAGCUUCUAACUUAUCGCGGUUGUUUAGCCUUGCUCCUGCCCUCACUCUGCCCUCUUGACGCCUAUUCUUGCAUUAGCCUUUCGUUAUCGGGUGUGUUUGUUUGUGUGGGAUGCGUAGGUCUGCACUGUGUUUUUUAAUGUACAUGUGUAUAUACGCCUGUGUGUCUGCGUUCUUGUGUGUGUGUGUGUGUGUUGGAACACAUCCAUCAGUCACCCUACCUCAAACCAGUGGUGCCAGCCCUUUGACGCGUGCAGCACAGUCACCAAACCUUAUUGCACACACACCACUGUACUGCACAACUCUCAACGCGACAGAGAAAACACUGCAUUUGCUUUUCUCUCACCUCUGAUACAUUCCAUUUUCCGUUUUUAGCCCGUAAAAAAUAAAUGCUUUCAUCCCUUUGUUCCCUGUUUAAAGAUCAUCUUUGUACAGUGGACCAAAAGUAGAUAUUUUGUGAUAUUCAAAGAGAUAUAUAGAUAUAUAUAUGUAUAGUAUAUAUAAUGAUGAUACACUACAUAUAUUUGUUGCUUUAUAUGUGAUUGUUUCUUUUCGUAGCUCCUCUGUAAUUAGCUCAUAGACUGUGAAACGGCAUGGGGACUCACUUGUGAUUCAUUAGACUACAUCUAUACUUGAACUGUUCUAGCAUUCUACUGUAUGUCGUGGAGAUUAUUGAGAUUAAUCCUCUGAAUAGGGACGUUUUGUUACUAAAAAGGAUUUGUGUUUGGUCUGCCGAUUUCUCUGCAGAAAUGUUUUAUUUAUUAAUAUUUAUUGUGUUUUGGUUGAGAUGCUUACCCGUUAAAACAUAUUUUAAAGGGUACUACUGAUAAUGAAUCAUACCACUGCAAACAGCAGACCUACUGUACAGGAGGACCAGAUUUGUUUUUGUGUUCUUUUGUUUGUUGAUAUGUUUUUAAGGUUAAAAAAGAAAAAGGGUUGGCACUGUAUGUUCUGUAAUCACUUUCUGAAGGCUCCAUCACUUGUCAAAUGUUUUCUUUAGAUAUUAGAUGAUCUUUGCCAUUUUUUGUAUACUGUUCCUGUGUAAAGAAGCUAAGCAGUAAGUGUGGGUGGGGGAGAAAACACUGCACGUCAGAGAGGAUUUUGGGUCAGCAGACUUUCGCAGGUAUUUUGUUCGAUAAUGACACUUUGGGGACCUGAAAAGUAAAUUCCUUGCUCAUCGAUUAAACCUACGGUACACCUCUUAUAGACUUACACAGAGUCUAGUGAUUUUGAAAUGUCUGGUUUACCAGAUCUAAGAAUUGAGCGCAAACAAAUCAUGCUUUCCUCGGAGCAGUUUGAAAAGGUCAAUGAACUUUCAGUAGCUGGAAGUUGAACGCCCGAGGCAUUAAGUUUUACAUCAGUUCACGGCCAUAAGGAACUUGCCUCCUGACUUUUGGUAAUAAACUGCCACGUUGCAGAGAAAAGUAAUGAAAAUGUCCAAUAUAAGAAUGAAUGCAUACGAAAACGUAAGACUUAGAAUAGCUCUUAUACUUUCUCCAGAGCUGCUCAUAAAUCACAAAUAACUGCAACCCCAUACCCAAGAGCUCAUUUGACCGACUCCAACAUGCACUGAAUAUUUUGAGAAUGACGUUGUAAAAAAAUGAGGUCCAGUCUGCGACUUUAAAUCUGAAAUGAUGUUGUAAAUCUGGAUAAUGUGUUCCCGUUAGGAAGCGGAAGGUUUAGCAGGAUACUUUUUCUUGUUUCACGUUUUUACCUUUGUACCACUGAAGGAUUUGUUUUCAAAUAGGAAUUUCAGCUCCCUUGUCAUAUACAUAGAACUUGUAUUAUUUUGUGCCUGAAGUGAAAACGGCUUAUAAAAAAGUUUUCUUUAAAUCUUAAUUGUGUGCUUUAGGAUCAUAAGUGCUUUCUGGUCUUGCACGCCUACCAUGUGCUGCUAGAAACGGUGGUGUUUUUGUUUUCCCACUCUAGACUCUAUGUGCCAGACAGUGAUAUUGUUGCUUUCUGCAUCUCAUGGUUAACACUGGACUGACGCUAAUGCUGCCAACACAAUUGUACUUUAUUUCUCAGUGUCUUUGAAAUCGAGAAGAUUGUUUUUGUAACAGCUGUUUGCAAAGGAGCCUGUUUUGAACCAGAGAAAAAUAAAAAAAAGCAGUUCCUUAUUUGUCACGGGAGCGGGAGCUGAAGGAUGCCUCUUCACCUGGACAUAACGGCAGCUUCACUGACCCAGAGCAGACUCCAGUGCCUUUCUUUUCGCCCCGGCCACAGCAGAUGGCCUGGGCGACUAUUGGGUCUCUGGUGGGCUACAGAUAGAGGCUAUCAGCGCAGACAUUUCAUUACACAGGUGCUGCCACUGAGAAGACCCCAGGGAAGCAUAAAGACCUGUCCUCAGACUAUUUAUUUACUGGAUGUGACGCCACACACACACACACACACAGUAGUUUACACAUGGUAGAUUACCUGCAAACAGCUUUUUAUUGUACAGAACUGAACAAGGAGAGCGACUAAGUAAAAUGCUCUCCGAUGACUCGUUUUUCUCAUGAUGGUGAUUUCUUUUGUCAAAUGAUAUUUUCUGAAUGCUGUGACCCGUUUGAGAUUUGUAUUUGGAUGUUUUCAAGUGCCAUUUGACAGUCUAGUGAGUCGUGGCCAUCUGUAGCACGCUCUAAUGCAAGCACAAGCAUUUGGCAGUGGCAUUUGGGGAAGGUUUUCUUUUUUGAUUCACCCUAGACAAACAUAUGUAUAUAUCAAAAACUGAAAAAGGUAUAUUUAUUUGUGUCUUAAUUAUUUGAUUUGUUCUCUUGGUGAACAUUUCAUCAGAUAUGUUGGCUAAAGUGCUUUUGUGAUUUCUUUUUCCUCUUUUUUUUUGGAUAAUGUAUAGUAUCUGAUAUAAUAUAUACACACAAAUUUAAUGUGACCUUUUUGUGUGCCAUUACGUUUUUCUUCUCAAAUUGGCAAGCGAACCAAUGCGUGUAGGGUGAUUUGUAUUGUGUAUUUUACAUAAAAAACGAGGACAAUUGGGGGACUUUUAUAUUUAUAAAGACAUUAUCAUUUAGUGUGUCGUAUUGAUGAAUAUAGAAACUAUAAAAGACACAUGUAGUUUGGUUUUCUGAAUAUUUCAGAUCUCAGCUCAGGCUAGCUUCUUAGUGUUGUUUUCUUAAAGAUUUGUGAUUCGUCUUUGCAGUAAUAAACGUUUUCUUGUUCAAA